AUGAGUUAAAAUGAUGAUAAUUCAAGCCUUUCGGAAAUUAAUAAAACUUUAGAAGAUAGAAAGGAUUUUGUAUUUAUUUCAUGCAUUUUUAUACUAACAAGUUCGAUUACUACAUACUUCUAUGUAACAUUAAUUAAAGAAUUCUUAUCCCUUGGAUUAAUGCCUUUUGAAUUAAAGGCAUUUGGAAUACUACUUUUACCAUAAUAUCUCAAAAUAAUACUUUGCCCCUUAUUAGAUACAUUUUUCAUAAGAAAAUUUGGAAGAAGAAAGACUUAUAUUAUACUAACAUUAUUUCUGUUAGCAGUUUAUUGUAUUGUACUUAGUAUAAUUUAUCAAUAAUUAAUAUCAAAUUUAAAAUUGGAAGUUGUUCGAAAUUUAGCAUUGAUUUAACUUUUUCUAGUUUUAAUUUUAGAGAUUGCAACAGAGGCUUGGAUAGUUGAUUAUGUAUACGAUGAUAAUUACAAAUUUGCAGCAGCCAUUAAAUACACAGUUAUUUUCAUAAGUUCUACAGUAACAACAUAGAUUUUCUAUAGUUGUGAGACUUUCUUUAUCUUAGUCUCAAUAUUUUCAAUUAUUAUGCUUAUUUAUACAUUUUAAUUCAAAUCUGAAAAUGAUUUAUACUAAUCGAAAAUGAAGAUAAAUUCAUUAUGUAAGAGAUUAAAGACAUUUUAUAAAUUUUUUUUUGAUAAGAGCUGCUAGUUUAAGUUCUUUUUUUUAUUUUCAUCAAUGAUUGGCUUUGGAUAUGCAGAAGAUAUUAUAGAAUAAACAAUACUUUAACAGGAGUUCUUAAGUUUGAAUUAAUUUAAAUUUUAAUGGACAACAAUAGCCUUUAUAGUAUUAUCGCUUUGUGCGAUGACUUUGUUAUUAAUGAAAUUUAAAACAGUUCCGAUCUAUUUGAUCGUAGUAAUCUUAAGAAAUCUAAAUAAUUUCACUUUUUCAAUUUGUUAAAAUUACUUUCCCUCUUAAAUAGAUGUAACUAUAUGGUUUAAAUUAGAAUAUCAUUUCAAUAUAUAAAUUAUUGGAGGAAAGCUCAAAAGCCAUGCAUUUUACAUUGCUUUAUAUUUUAAUUUACGAGAGCACUAAAUAAAAAUUGAGUGCUACAAUGAUGAUAGCAUUUUUAUUGGCACUUAAAUUAGGACAAGAUGGAAAUCGAUUUCUAUCAUAUUAUUUUUAUAAUUCAUUUGGAUCUCCAGCUGAUGCAAUUAUAGGGGUUUUUAUUUAGAGUUUUAAUUUAAUAUUUGCAGUAGAUUAUCGCGAUGCAAUAUUUUAUAAAUGA